CUUUCAAAAAAAAUAAACCUCUUCCUUCUCUCUCGUUAGUCGUUACAGCCAAACUAACUCUAAAAUCAAUCGCUGCUUCACUUCAUUGCUUUAAACCCUAAAUCCCAAAUCGCUCCACCGAAGUGAAGCAAGAAGACAGCCUCUUUCUGCCGGUGCUCCGCCUCCGUCCUCGCACCUGCUGUUUCUGAAGGUGUGAAGUUCCUACAAAUUAAAGACUAUUUGGUUCCAUUCCAAAACUUUACGAUUUUAUUGAGGGAUACUGAACAUACACAAAUGCUGGUCUUUCAAGCAAGAUCCCUUCGACGCAUAGAAGCUUUUACUCAAACUUGUAUAAAUAGACGGUCUGCUACCGUUUAUUCUUGUUACUCAGAUGCUCCUCACAAGAAGUCUAAGCUUGCUCCUUUACAGGAGAGAAGAAUGAUAGACAAGUUUAAGAUAAUUGCAAAAGCAGGAGAUGGAGGAUCUGGUUGCAGCAGCUUUCAUCGUAGCCGUCAUGAUCGCCAGGGCAGAGCUGAUGGUGGCAAUGGCGGGAGAGGUGGUGAUGUGAUUCUAGAAUGCUCUCCCAGAGUUUGGGACUUCAGUGGUUUACAACACCACCUGAUAGCAGGGAAAGGAGGACCAGGAUCAUCAAAGAAUAAAAUAGGAACCAGGGGUGCUGAUAAGGUUGUCCAUGUACCCGUUGGAACUGUAAUUCAUCUUGUUAAUGGUGAUAUACCUUCUAUAGUCAAAACUGAAUCCUCAGCAGAUACAGACCCUUGGGAGAUUUCUGGUGCACUUGUUGAUGAUCUUCCAGACCAUGGCAAUGGUUCUAUCUCCAAUGCUACAAAUGGAGAAGAAGUCAAAACAAUACAUCCUACUGGCUGCUCUUCAUCACAAGCAGCUGAAAAAAAUGUUGAGAAAUCUGUAAAAUCAGGACAUGUUGCAUCAACAGAUGUACUUUCUCAACUUUCUAUUUCUAAUGGAACUCCCAAAUUUGGCACAGAGUAUAUAGGAGAGGAACAAGAGGAACAAGAGAUACUAUAUAAUGUUGCUGAACUGACAGAAGAAGGUCAACAAAUGAUCGUUGCACGUGGAGGAGAGGGUGGUCCUGGCAAUCUUUCUACUUCCAAAGAUUCGAGGAAGCCUAUAACUACAAAGGCAGGAGCAUGUCGUCAACACAUAUCUAAUCUUGAGGACUCUGACAGUGUUUGCUCCUCUCUGAAUGCAGGUAUGCCUGGUUCUGAGAAUGUUCUUAUAUUAGAACUCAAGAGCAUUGCUGACGUGAGCUUUGUGGGAAUGCCUAAUGCUGGUAAAAGCACCUUACUCGGGGCGAUAUCAAGGGCUAAGCCUGCUGUUGGUCACUAUGCCUUCACUACUCUUAGGCCAAAUUUAGGGAAUCUAAACUUUGAUGAUUUCUCAAUAACAGUGGCUGAUAUUCCUGGACUUAUUAAGGGUGCACACCAAAACCGUGGACUCGGACAUGCAUUUCUGCGCCACAUAGAACGCACUAAGGUUCUGGCUUAUGUGGUAGAUUUGGCUGCUGCUUUACAUGGAAGAAAGGGGAUUCCACCAUGGGAACAGCUGAAGGACUUAAUACUGGAGCUCGAGUACCAUCAGGAUGGGUUAUCCAAUCGGCCAUCCUUGAUAGUUGCAAAUAAGAUUGAUGAGGAAGGUGCAGAUGAAGUGUACCUUGAGUUACAGAGAAGGGUCCAUGGUGUUCCCAUCUUUCGUGUGUGUGCUGUUUUGGAGGAAGGGAUACCAGAGCUUAAAGCUGGCCUUAGAAUGCUUGUCAAUGGUGAAAUGUCAUACAAACUUUGCCUUGAUCAAAUUUUGAUUGAUUAAUAUUUUGAUUGAUUAGAUUAUUGUUAACAAGUCUGAGUAAGGAUGUGGAAACCCCCACAGCUGAGGAAAGAUAGAAUGAAAAAUGUUCUUUUCACGAUAAAUAAUUGGAGGGCUUUUGAAGUA